AUGAUAAACUUGUCCCUGCAAUCCGGAUCUUUCCCUGAGAACUGGAAGCUGGCUAAAGUCCCAGGCUUAAAGAAGUCAAAAGCUGAGGUUAUAUUUGAUAAUCUUCGUCCCAUCAGCAACCUUUCAUUUGUUUUCAAACUCACGGAACGAGCUAUCUUUAAUCAAACCCAUGACCACCUUACCGCUCACAAACUUUACCCUAAAGCUCAAUCUUCCUACCGCCAAUAUCAUAGUACUGAAACUGCUUUUCUACGUGUGAAAAAUGACAUCUUGAUGAACAUGAAUAAACACCACGUAACUCUUUUGGUACUGCUUGCUUUGAGUGCAGUAUUCGAUACUGUUGACAAUACCAUCGAUCCUGCUUAA